UUUCCAGCUGACGAGCGCUGUCUCCUGUACUGUCAGUCCAAGGAGACGGGUACCGUUGUUUCCAUGGACAGAAUGGUGCAUGAUGGGACGCCGUGUUCCUAUGGCGACGCCCACAGCGUCUGUGUCCGGGGAGACUGUGAGCAUGUAGGCUGCGAUGGACAGAUUGCGUCCGACCAGCAGGAGGACAGAUGUGGAGUCUGUGGAGGAGACAACACAAGCUGUCAGAUCGUUAAAGGAAACUUCACCCGGAGCACCAAGAAACCAGGUUACCUCAAGAUCCUGGAGAUCCCCAAAGGAGCGCGACACCUUCUGGUCCAAGAGUUCAGAGAGACACCCCACAUCCUGGCGAUGACCAACCUGGAGACGGGUCACGUCUUCCUCAACGAUGAAGCCGAGCUCCCAGAAUCCCGUGUGGUGAUCGAGAAAGGCGUGGCGUGGGAGUACAGCAACAGCCAGGAGGCGGAGUCUAUCCAGACCAGCGGGCCGCUGCAGUACGGGGUCCUGCUCAUGGUCCGUUCCCAUGGCGACUCCAAGGUGACGGUGUCCUAUAAGUACGUGAUCCAGGACAGUCUGCGGUCGUCGCUGGAGUCCAACCUGCUGCAGGAGGACGCCGUCUUCUACGAGUGGGCGCUGAAGAAGUGGUCUGUCUGCUCCAAGCCCUGCGGAGGAGGGAAACAGUACACGCGGUUCGGCUGCAGGAGGAAGGCCGACGGGAAGAUGGUUCCCAGGACGUUCUGCUCCAACGUCAACAAGCCAAGAGCCAUCAGCCGCGGCUGCAACACGGACGCAUGCAGCUCGCCACGGUAA